AUGGUUUCUGAUAUUCGUAAUUACGUGCAAUCAUGUCUACCUUGUUUAAAAAACAAUCCACUACGACAGAAACCACCAGGUGCUUUAAAACCGAUAAAACCUCCAGAAGGAGUAUGGCAAUUACUUACAAUGGACUUCCAUGGACCGAUUACACCAACAACAAAAAAUGGCAAAAAAUAUAUUAUUUUAUUAACUGAUGUAUUAUCCAAAUUUGUAAUUACAAAAGCAGUGCGAGAUUGUACUGCAUUAACUGCAGCACGAUUUCUAACUGAAGAUGUUAUUCUUAAAUAUGGAACUCCAAAAUGUAUUCUUACGGACAAUGGUACACAUUUUACUGCUGACAUGAUGACUGAAUUAUUCAAGAAGAUAGGAAUUACACACUUAUAUUCAACACCCUAUCAUCCGAUGACCAAUGGACAAAUCGAAAGAUUCAAUGCGACGAUGGAUUCGAAAAUAGCAACAUUAUCAAAUGAAAAACGUACUAACUGGGAUGAACAAUUACAAUUCGUUACAUUCAACUAUAAUACCAGCAUCCAUGCAACAACUGGGCAAAUUCCAUUUGAAUUAAUGCAUGGACGUUCACCGAUUCUACCCUUUGAUCAACAACAACCAUUAGUUACACUCUCCCAAGAUCCAGAUCAUAAAUCGAAAUUAAAUCAUCAUUUAUCAACUUUAACGGAACAAGCGAGAACGAAUAUACUGAAACGACAAGAGAAAUAUAAAGAACGAUAUGAUCAACAUCGCACAAAUCCACAUUACAAAAUGUCUACUUCUCAUAAAAAUCGUUAUUAUUCAUCUACAUAUCAUUAUCAAGAAAAAUCUUCAUCAAUUGUUAAAUCACAAUCGAAUACAACACAUUAUUAUCGUCGUCAACAUCAUUACAUAUCUCCAUUAGAACAACUUGAUAAACUUACACAAAGAUAUUGUCCAGGAAAAUUUAAAAAAAAUAAUGAACUUAAGGACUUAUACAAUAAUGGUAACUGUGGGAAAUUUGAAUUACCUUCAUCGUUAUUUAAAAAAUUUUACAUCAAUCGUCAAACAUCAAUUAGUACUUUAAAUGAUUUAAUCGAUUAUGCUUUUCAUAUUAAAAAUUAUACAAUCGAUACGGAAGAUCAAUUAAAUAAACCACCAAAACCAUCUGAUCCUGCACUCAUUCAAAUUCAAUUUAUUCAUGAAAAUGAUCCAUCAAUUAUUUUAUUAAUCGAAGUAUUUUAUUUACCCCCAGAAAAUUCAUUUACAUUUAACAAAAUCAAACAAUUAUGCAAAAUUAUAUUUUCACCAAAUCAUAUUAUUAAUUCCUGGGGUGAUCCAAAAAAAGAAUUAAAAAAAUUUUUACGAUUUAAAUUAUUUGAUGCUGAUGAUAUUGAUUUUAUAAUACCAAAAAAUACCCAGAAUAUAUUCAAAGGUUGGUUCAAUCGUACGUAUCCACAAUCAAUUCAUAUUAAAGAUGGUGCUGGUGAUCAAUACUCAUUACAAUCAGCAAUGUACAUAACAUUCAAUGAAUGGCUUGACAAGAGAAUGACUCUUGCAAAUUGGGGUUGUGGUAUUGAUUUAUUAUUAGCAACUUAUAUAACAAUGAAUGAUUAUGAUGAUAUUAAAGAUAGGAAAAUUUAUGAUGAAAAACAAAUACGUCAAUUAAUGGAAACUUAUGCAAUCAACGACUGUUUUUCAGUUACAAAGCUAAGUCAAAUAAUGAAACAUUUUGAACCAUCUAA